UGAUGACAUACGCUGGCUCUUCCUCACAUACGCCCUGAUGGCGGGACUUGGCCAAGGAUUGUGCUACACUGGCUGCCUCGUGUUACUAGGGUUUUACUUCAAGAAGCGGACAAGCCUAGCCACGGGGAUAGGAAUAGUUGGCAUUGGCAUCGGCAACUUUAUUCUGCCACCUCUCACACAGUACCUGGUGGAUGGGUAUGGACUCAAAGGGGCCUUCCUUCUCCUGGGAGCAGUGACCUUUCAGUCUUGUGUGUGUGGUUUUCAUGAGACCUUCCCAACACGAGCGUCAAAGACAUCAGAGGUACCAAGAAGACGGAGAAGCCAACCAAGAGAACCUAGCCUCAAGAUGUCAAUCCUGCUUCAACCAAGUCCCGCUCAUGCUCUAUACCACACUUCCUAA